GGGCCGCGCCUCUGAGCUUGGCGCCCGGGUCUUGCCGCUUUCCGUGCGUCUUCCCGUCCCCGACCCCCUUACCGGGCGCCUCCGUCUCUGCAGGUUUUCUCUCAGUGUCUCUGUCACUCUCUCUCUCUCUGCCUGGGUCUCUCCCAGGUUUUUCUCGUCUCUCGGUGUCUCCGUCUGUCUCUCAUCGACCACUAUGUCUCUGCUCUGCAGCUCUCUCCCGGGUAUUCUCCUGGGGCCUCUGCGUCUCUCAGUGUCUCUGAUCUGUCUUUCUCGUUCGUCCACUCUCGCCCUCUCUCUCUCCCACCCUCUCUGCCUCUGUCUCUACCUCUAGCUCUCUCUCUCCAUCUUUCUUGUCUGUCCCUGGUCUUCUCUGACUCUGCAUCAGUGUGUCUCUGUCACUCUCGGGUUUUCGUUCUCUCUGUCACCCCGGGGUACUCUCUCCGUUAAGCAGCGUCGGUCGGUGUCUCUCGCUCUCCUUUCUGCCCAUCUUUCCGCCUCUCUCAGUCUCUGCCUCUGUCUCCCUCCUCCCUGUCCGAUCCCCAGAACACUUGGGCCCCACUCGGCCCGGCUUCAUUGGCGUCUCUCCGGGUGGCGGAGCCCAUCUCGUUUUCUCAGAAUCGGGGUUUUGCUCUCAAACGAACGAAUGCGGAUCAAAGCUCAUCGAAUCCACGAGUCCCAGAUCGGGUGCGGGGGAGGCGGGCAGCUCAGGAGGAGCCUCUGGGAGGGUCGGGGAGUGUGCGGGGCGGGAGGGCCCUGACAGGGUCAGCAAGGGCCCGGCAUGGAGCUCCCCGGGGCCCAUGUGCUCCAGGCGGCUCAGAGCCUUCUAGUGGGUGGCCCGCAACAGGCCGCCUUGACCACGGCACUGGGAUGGGGGCCGAGGGCCGGGCCCAAAAGGAGGGCGCUGUGGGGCUCGCGGCCGCGGUGGUGCAAGACCCGCUGGACCCAGGUCCGCCUCGCGGCCAGUCGCCAUCCUGCCCACGGUGACCCUCUCCUCCCUCCGCAGGCGGACGCCGCGGGUAUGGACUAUUCGUACGAUGAGGACCUGGACGAGCUGUGCCCCGUGUGUGGGGACAAGGUGUCGGGCUACCACUACGGGCUGCUCACAUGCGAGAGCUGCAAGGGCUUCUUCAAGCGCACGGUGCAGAACAACAAGCACUACACGUGCACCGAGAGCCAGAGCUGCAAGAUCGACAAGACGCAGCGCAAGCGCUGUCCCUUCUGCCGCUUCCAGAAGUGCCUGACGGUGGGGAUGCGCCUGGAAGCUGUGCGCGCUGACCGCAUGCGGGGCGGCCGGAACAAGUUUGGGCCCAUGUACAAGCGGGACCGGGCUCUGAAGCAGCAGAAGAAGGCACAGAUUCGAGCCAAUGGCUUCAAGCUGGAGACAGGCCCCCCAAUGGGGGUGCCUCCACCGCCCCCUCCCCCACCGGACUACAUGCUGCCUCCUGGCCUACAUGCACCUGAGCCCAAGAGCCUGGCCUCUGGUCCACCUGCUGGGCCACUGGGCGACUUUGGGGCCCCAGGGCUGCCUAUGGCUGUGCCCAGCGCCCACGGGCCACUGGCUGGCUACCUCUAUCCCGCCUUCCCUGGCCGUGCCAUCAAGUCUGAGUACCCGGAGCCCUACGCCAGCCCCCCACAGCCUGGGCCACCCUAUGGCUACCCAGAGCCCUUCUCUGGAGGGCCCGGCGUGCCCGAGCUUAUCCUGCAGCUGCUGCAGCUGGAGCCAGAUGAGGACCAGGUACGGGCACGCAUCGUGGGCUGCCUGCAGGAACCGGCCAAGGGCCGCCCCGACCAGCCUGCGCCUUUCAGCCUCCUGUGCAGGAUGGCUGACCAGACCUUCAUCUCCAUCGUGGACUGGGCACGCAGGUGCAUGGUCUUCAAGGAGCUGGAGGUGGCCGACCAGAUGACCCUGCUGCAGAGCUGCUGGAGUGAGCUGCUGGUGUUCGACCACAUCUACCGCCAGAUCCAGCAUGGCAAGGAGGGCAGCAUUCUGCUGGUCACCGGGCAGGAGGUGGAGCUGACCACGGUGGCGGCCCAGGCGGGCUCCCUGCUGCACAGCCUGGUGCUUCGGGCGCAGGAGCUGGUGCUGCAGCUACACGCACUGCAGCUGGACCGCCAGGAGUUCGUCUGCCUCAAGUUCCUCAUCCUCUUCAGCCUCGAUGUGAAGUUCCUGAAUAACCACAGCCUGGUGAAGGACGCUCAGGAGAAGGCCAACGCCGCCCUGCUCGAUUACACCCUGUGCCACUACCCGCACUGCGGGGACAAGUUCCAGCAGCUGCUGCUGUGCCUGGUGGAAGUGCGGGCGCUGAGCAUGCAGGCCAAGGAAUACCUGUACCACAAGCACCUGGGCAACGAGAUGCCCCGAAACAACCUGCUCAUCGAGAUGCUGCAGGCCAAGCAGACUUGAGCUUGGGCCGGGGAGGGGCGUGGGGGCCCAGGCUGGGGCCAGGGGAGGGGCUGCAGCAUCCCCACGGCCCUCCAGAUGGUUUAUUUUAUUAUGCUGACCCAGGAACCCCACCACAUAGGCCCCUGCCCCUGAGCUUUCUGAAGCCCUGUGUUUGGGAAGGUGGGUGAAGGUGGGCAGGGCCUGGCUGAGGUGGGGUGGCCCCCACUAACCCCUGGCCCUUGCCUGCCAUUCUGAGUGCCCCAAGGAGGCGCUGCUAACCCCCCCUCUUCCUCCCCCUGCUCCCAGCUGUCUGUCCUGGGGUCUGGACCACAGGCCCAGGGAGGAGGUUCGGAUUCCCUGGUGGGCCUCAAUGUCCCUUGAAUCACAGGCCACCCCUUCUCCCUUUCCUGGAAAUAGAGGCCGAGAAAGGUUGAGUGGAUAUCAGCACUGGGGGACAGGGGAGGGUCUCCAAAACCCCCUCACAGAGACCAGAAGGGAAGCCUUCUGUUUUGUAAACGAGGGGUAACAGUUUGCAAAAUUAGACAGGGACGCUUGGGCCCUAGAGGACAGUAGGAGACAGGUUAGGACAAAAGACUUCCUCCCUAAACCUUCUACCCCAACUGACUUCUGCAGGGGAGAACUUUGACAUGUUAUCUGAAAAGAAUUUUGCUACAAUCAUCUUUCUAACCCUCUCCCACCAGAGGAGACGUUUGGCACAAUCAACAUGCUAGCCCCAGUCACAGGUGGCCCGUCCAGGCUGGUAUUUAUCUGCAAGGCUGUAGUCAACAGGUUUUUUUGUUUGUUUGUUUGUUUGUUUUUUAAUUUAGAUACUCUUUGAAAGGUGUGUGUAGGGGGCAGACAGGGGACAGAUUUAAGGACUGAGGCUGGGAUUUGGGGAUUAGCAUGAAGUACAAAUAGCCCGUGGUUUCUCCCCAAACACCCUCAUACCAAGUACCCCACGGUGGUGCUGGGUGAUUAUUUCUGAGCCCCUGCUCCAAUCCACAGAAGAGCUGUUGCGAUUCCCCCCCCCCCACUAGAUGAAUAGCAGGGUGGCCUGUGGGGGGUUUGGUGUCUCUGUGGGUGGGAAUGCAGGUGACCUUGGGGAGGGUGUCUGGGUCUCCACAUCGGAGACAUUGCCGAUGAGCUCAGCCUCACUGGCCCCAUCCCAUUGGGUCCAUUGCUGCAAACUCUUGAAGCUGGGCUUCACCUCCCGUCCUAUGUCCUGAAAGACACUCUCCAGAGCCAGGCACAAGGGAGAGGCCUCGGCUGUCCUCUGUCCCCGGGCUGGGCAUCCACUGUCUGUCCUGCUUUCACGCUGCUGUUGCAGCUUGCGCUGACCCUGCCCAGUUGGAGGUGACUGAGUAUCCCUGCCCCCUGCCUUCUACCACCCUGUCUCAGUCCCUCCCCCUCUCCUCUGAAAUGUGCCCCCCUGGCCAGGCUGGAGACCCCCAGCCCCAAAAUAAGAAGUGCCCUUAAGAACCCCCCAGCCCCCGCAGCCCUGGAAUAAAUUUUGCAAUUAGUUUCCAGCUA